AUGCCACACUUGGUGGACCACCCUUAUGCAGGCAAAAGUCCUCAGGCACAUAACUUCACUAAGGAGUGGAGUAGAACCUCUGAGAUAGCUCGCGCCUACCUAGAAAGAGCAUCAAGAAGGAUGAAAAAGUGGGCUGAUAAGAAGUGGAGGGCCCUCGAGUUUCAAGCCGGGGACAAGGUCCUGAUCAAGCUACGACCGGAACAGUUUCGUUUCCGAGGCCAGAAAGACCAACGGCUAGUAAGAAAAUAUGAAGGUCCAGUGGAGGUAAUUGAGAAGGUCGGGAGAACCUCAUAUAGGGUUCAGUUACCCUCAUGGAUGAAGAUUCAUCCUGUCAUCCAUGUGAGUAUCCUGAAGCCCUAUCAUCCCGAUCCCGAGGAUGAACAGCGAAACAUGCUAAGGCGCCCACCGGUCACGAUGAAGAGUUCUGCUGAGAAAGAAGUUGCACAAAUCCUGGAUAAACGUACGCGCCGUAUUGGAAGACCCAGACGAGAACUGACAGAGUUCUUAGUGAAAUGGAAGGAUCUCCCUGACGAAGAGAUCAGUUGGGAGCGGGCCAAAGAUUCUAAAAAUGCAGCUCCAGCCAUCGCAAAUUUUGAACAAGGUAGCGAAGUUGAGGAGUUCCAGGAUGCUGCUAAGGUUAAGGUCUGCCACAAGCCACAGUUCACUUCCAGGUUUUAG